AUGAGCUGCAUCAAGGAUGUUCCAACCCUCAGAGGAGACAACUACACUGAGUGGAGGAAGAAGGUAGAUUUCGCCUUCGUAUGUGCUGAGGUGGACUGGGUUUUGGAGACCCCAAAGCCCACAAAGCCAAUAGAUCAUUUCAGAGAUUACAAGGAUAAUGAUGAUGCAUGGGAGAAAAAGAAAAGAGACCAUGCUCCAGUGGAGAUGGCAUACACUUUAGAGAACCAAAAGUGGCUGACAGCCGAUAAAAAGUGCAUGGCAUUUAUAAAGAACACAAUUGAGAAUGCCAUUUUGCUGAAGCAACUGAUGACAGAAAAGUACACAGGAGGUGGACAUGGCAGUAGAGAGCAUAUCCUCGGGAUGUGCAACAUGGUUGCAAAGCUGAAGCCCAUGGAUGAUGACUUGGAUCUUAAGCCUGCACUUCUUGUCCACCUGGUCAUGGCUUCAUUGCCACAACAGUUUGACACCUUUGUUGUCAACUACAACAUGUCUCCUAAAAAUGAGACAUAG